GCCUAAAUUAGAUAAAUAGCAUAACAGUUUUUUCUUGACGAUAAACUAGAAAAAAAAGUGGAGGAGGUCCUCAUUCUGAGACCCCUUGCUCAAUCUUUAAUCUCUCUUUGCGUAUAUGAAUAUGAACGCAGAGGAGUACUGGAGGCUCCGCGUGCAGGAAACCGAAGGCGAGUACGCGCAGCUCAUCCAAUCCCAGCGCGAUGAAAUCGAGUCCUUACAGCGCCGCUGUAAUGAACUUCUGCACGAGCGCUGCUUAAUGAAAGCCCAGACCGCGAUGGAAGUGCGAAAUUUCGUGGUGAACUUCCAAGGUGAGCAAAGAGGAUCGCUUUCUGCGGUGGAUGCCAUCCCAACGAACGUGUUAUUAAACUUUUUACAUCGCUAUAGCAAUGGCUUAGUGCCAUCCCCGGUGAACAUGCGAAAGCGAAAUCGCAGCACCGAUGUCUCGUCGAUCUCGCAAAAACGUCUUCAUCAGCGCUUGAUGGCGCGAAAACGAUUACGUGAGGUCAACGAAACGGAAGAUAACGUGCAGUUUAAUAGGGUCGAAAAUGAAUCCGGAGCGAAGCUGAGCGCGAUGCGCUCGUUUGCGGAAGGGUUUAAAGGCAAUGGUGGUAGUUUAUUAGGAUUGAACAAUUGUGAAGUAGGCGAACACAACGGGGGGAACGUGGUGCUAGCGCCUUCCAAGUUUGGCAUCUCUUCCACAUCCCCAAACUAAGAAAAAUAAUGAUGUCGAGGAUUAAAGUAAUGUUUAUCUUUCGUUUGAAAGAAAGAAAGGGCGUUUACAUUUUUUCGGUUUGUUUUGCUUCUUUAUUCGGACGGUAAACUUUACCUUAAAAUAUAUUUUACUUUCACUUUUUUCUAUUUACGUUCAUUAUUGUUAUUUUCUUUUUUGCUGAUAUAAAGUUACAAUAAUUUGAUAUUGCUUAAUAACAGAACUUACACGAAACGAAAUCUUGGCUACAACAAAAAAAAACCUUUAGAAUAGUUUAUACCCAGUGUCAGUGUGUAAUUUUUUAAUAUUUUACUCCCUA